UCAUCGAAUCGCGCUAGUGUAAUAGUAUCGAUUUACGACAUACGUUCAUUUUUUUCUUUGUCAUAUUUCUAUGACGCUCUGCCUAUAAGUUAAGAACGUAGGUCGUAGCUCGUAACGUUAUAUAUUUGUUAUACAAAUUAUGCCUCGGUUCAACUAUUGAUUUUUGUUAGUAUUUUGUAUAAACUACCAUUACAUUGUUGUAAUAAAUUUUUACAUGUUAGAAUAUGAAAAAACUGGUAAAAUUAAUUAACAAAAUAUACUCAGGGCUUUUGUGAAUUUUAUAAUGAACUGUUUUUUAAUUCAUUGACCUCUCUUCUUUGAACAUUGUAUUUUAUUAAAUAUUUGAAGUUUUGGCAACAUUAUAAACAAUUAUGGCUGCAUCACAACAAUUCUGUGUUCGUUGGAACAGUCAUUUAGGAAGUCUGGGUGCAGCUUUUCCUCAGCUUUUGGCUGGUGGUCGAUUUGUCGAUUGUACAUUAGCAUGUGAAGGACGUCAACUAACUUGUCAUAGGUUAGUUUUGGCCGCUUGUUCUGGAUUUUUUGAAUGUCUACUGGGAGAAAAUCCUUGCCAGCAUCCAAUUAUAAUUUUAAAAGAUGUUAGGUUUUGGGAAUUACAAGCGUUGGUUGAUUUCAUGUAUAAGGGGGAAGUAAAUGUUACACAAGAAGGGCUACAAGAUCUUUUAAAAUGUGCAGAGACACUGCAGAUAAGAGGUCUAUCUGGUGCAGAUUCAGCAUUCAAAAAUCUUUCUGACACUGCAACGAAAUCUGAUGAAGAUUGCAGUACAAGUAAUACUAACCAUCACUUGAAUAAUGUUGUGAAAGAAGAAACAGUACCCUAUCAAGAAGAGCAAGAAUCCACAUCCCUGAAUACUGAUGCUAAAACAAAUACUUCUGAAUUACAAGAUCCUUUGAACGAUACCAAUAAUUUUUCUGAAAUGGACUCCCCUGAUAGCAGAUACAGCAAUGGUGCAAACGAUGAUGACUUGGUUAUGAACGUUAAAAGUGAAAUUUCUAUUGAAGACAGUAUGAACAAAUCACAGUCUGAACAUUUCAUCAAAGUCAGAAACUCGUCCGAAUUGUUUGAAAAAUCAAUAGAUAUUGUUGAUGAAGAAUCAAAUUUCAUAUGCCCGCCUCAAUUGCAUUACAAUAAAGAGGUAAUGGCCAUAAUACCGUGCGUCUCCGGGAAGAGGAAGUUUGAAGACCAUGACAAUAAGAGCCAUAAGUCCAAAAAUAUAAUUAAAACAAUUUAUGUAAAUUAUAAUGCCGAUAAGAAUUCGAAUCCUGAAACAGCUGGUAAAAAAAAUGACGAAGAAAAUGAUUCUUCAAAGGAUUCGGUUAGAAAUGUAGAUAUUUGCGAUUUAAAUUUAAAGAAUGAAUUGAUGCGCGGUGUUAUAAGACCAGGACGUACAGGAUCGUUUCGGGCUUACGAUAAUGAAUCGUUAUGGAAUGCCUUGAUGGAUAUAAAGGGAGGUUCUAGUAUCUAUAGGGCUUCGCAAGUUUACAAUGUGCCGCGAAAGACUUUACGAAAUUGGAUGAAGCGCUGGGACAUCAAGAGCAGCUAUCCCAUGCCCAGGCAACUCAAACAAUUUGUAGAUAAUAUGAAAUUAAAAAAGCAGGCUUAAAUUUAUUAUAGCUACUUAAUAACAAUCUAGUCUCGAAUUAUUCAUGUUUAGAUUUUAUACUAUUUUUGAAUUAAGAUAUAUUUUUAAUUCGAUUAAUGUAAUUGUGUAUGAAAUAUGAAAUCCUUUAUUUGGGGAAAGUUUAUUCUAAGAUUCUUUGCCUACUUUCUAAAGUAGUGCUAACA